UGAAGUGUAGUUGAGCUGUCGUGUGUUGUGUGUCUCUGUAUUUAAGCAGUAAAAUGGCAGAAUUCAGAAUUUGUCAGGAUGAAUUCAUGUGUCCAGUGUGUCUGGAUCUCCUGAAGGAUCCAGUGACCAUCCAGUGUGGACACAGUUACUGUAAGAGCUGUAUUACAGACCGCUGGGAUCAGGAGGAUCAGAAGAAAGUCUACAGCUGUCCUCAGUGCAGAGAGACCUUCAAUCCAAGACCUGUUUUAGCUGGAAACACUGUGCUGGCUGAACUGGUGAAGAAACUCAAGAAGACCAAACUUGCUGCUGACUGUGACGCUGGAGCUGGAGAUGUGCAGUGUGACGUCUGUACUGGAAGAAAAUACAAAGCUGUCAAGUCCUGUCUGAUGUGUCAGGAAUCUUACUGUCAAACUCAUUUUGACCAUCAUCAGGAAAUUCAUUUGCGUAAGCCACACAAAGUGAUUGAAGCCACUGGACGACUGCAGGAGAUGAUCUGCCAGAAACAUGAGAAACAUCUGGAAAUGUACUGUAUUACUGACCAACAAUGUAUUUGUGAGCUGUGUACAAAAUAUGAACAUAAAAACCACAACACUGUAUCAGCCGCAGCACAGAGGACAGAGAAACAGAAGCAGCUGAAGAAGACGCAGAAGACACUCCAGCAGAGAAUCCAGCAGAGAGAGAAAGAUCUCCAGCAGCUGAGAGACACUGUGGAGUCUCAUAAGCGCUCUGCACAGACAGCAGUGGAGGACAGUGAGAGGAUCUUUACUGAGCUCAUCCGCUCCAUUGAGAGAAGCCGCUCUGAGCUGAUACGACUGAUCAGAGAUCAGGAAAAAACUGCAGUGAGUCGAGUUGAAGAACGACUGGAGCGACUGGAGCAGGAGAUCAAUGAUCUGAGGAGGAGAGACGCUGAGCUGGAGCAGCUUUCACACACACAUCACAUCCAGUUUCUGCAGAGUUUCCAGUCUCUCUCAGCACCUCCUGAAUCUACAGACAUAAAUGACAAUCCCUUCAGUUGUCUUGUCUUUUCUGAUGAUCUGAGAGAAUCUGUUCAUCAGCUGAGAGACAAACUGGAGGAUUUCUGCAAAGAGGAGCUCAAGAAGAUCUCAGACAGAGACACAAUCACCAACAUUGUUCCCAGAACCAGGGACGACUUCCUACAAUAUUCCCGUCAGUUCACUCUGGAUCUGAACACAGUGAAUAAACGCCUCCGUCUCUCUGAGAACAACAGAGUUAUUACUAACACUGGCACAGUCCAGCCGUAUCCUGAUCAUCCAGACAGAUUUGAUGUGAAUCAGGUGUUGUGUAGAGAGAGUGUGUGUGGACGCUGUUACUGGGAGCUGGAGUGGAGUGGAGGUGUUCGUAUAGCAGUGUCAUAUAAGAGCAUCAGCAGGAAGGGAUUGGAUAAUAAAGGUUUGUUUGGAUAUAAUGAUCAGUCCUGGAGUUUGGACUACACUUCUCCCAGAUACUCAUUUGGACACAAUAAGACAUGGACUGAUCUCCCUGUGAAGUCCAUCAGCAGGAGAAUAGGAGUGUUUGUGGAUCACAGUGCAGGAACUCUGUCCUUCUACAGCGUCUCUGACACAAUGAGCCUCAUCCACACAGUUCAGACCACAUUCACUCAGACGCUCUAUUCUGGGUUUUUGGUUGGUUCUGGAUCAUCAGUGACACUUUGUUGAUGAAUCAGAAUAGAUUGGCGUGAUAUUUUCCCAUAAUGCUUUGAGCUGCAUGAUAAAUUAGUAACAAUGAGAUGCUAUAGAGUCUCUUUUUUUUCUUCAUGAAAUUAAUUGUUUAAAUUACAUGACAUAAUUAAUUUUUUUUGCACCAUAUAAUGACACAAUUUAAUUUAAUUUGCAACAUAUAAUCAUUGCUGUUAAUAAUGUUCAUUGUCUGUUUGAUUUUGUCUUUAACUGAAUUUUACUGUACAUUUCUGCCAUAUGUACAUCAAUUUGACGUAGUCACUACUGACAAGCUACUACUGAAUAUAUUAUAGAAACUUAAUUUCCUGUAAAGCUACUAUGAAAUAAUCUGUAUUGUGAAAAGCGCUACACAAAUAAACUUGAAUUGAAUUAAUACUGCAGCUGAACGUCUGUCAGUGACAUAACAUGUCGUAAUAAAUAUGUGUAAUAA